UCAAAGUAAAGAGCCGAGGGACGGGACGUGCUGUCAGGAUUGGAUUGGAAGACCUCCCCGGCCCGAGAGUGUUCCUCGCGCCACAACAACACGGCACCCUUGCACGUCAGGAUGAGGUUAACCGUCAAAAUAUUGCAAGGGAGUGAGUGCACCAUCAACGUGCCUGAGACAACUAAGGUGAGUGAGGUGAAGACAUCAGUGGAACAUGCUCUGAAUGUGCCUGCCAGCUCCCAGCGACUUGUCUACAAGGGGAAGACUCUUUCAGAUGAGAUGAGCCUGAGGGAGGUUGGGGUGACUGAUGGAGGCAAGAUCCACCUGAUGGUGAAGAAAGGUGAAGGAGUAGCCAGCACCCCCCCAGCACCCGGCUCCUCCAAGACCCCGGGCUCUCCCCCUGCCUUGGACUUCUUUGUGCAACUGGACACCUUCCUUGGCAAACACCUCACUCAGGAACAGACUAACAAAGUGGUCAAUGAGUUUAGAAAGAAUUGUCAGUUGAUGGUGGACAGCAUGAACUUUGAAGACAUUGAGAGAUUUGCCGCUAGCAACUGUACUGAAUUUUAGGGAGUUAGGUGUGAUGUAGAGUUGUGAAUGUGAAUGUGUGGAAGAAAAUGGGAAAGGAGAGGGAGAGAGGCUGGGGAAGGGCAUGGCUGCCUUAUCUGGGCCAGUGAUGUCACUCUUAUGUUGACUUUACUAUGUGUGAGUGUGUAUGUGAGUGCAAAUGAAUGAGUGAGUGAGUGAGUGAGCGAGGUGAUGCAAUGUUUGAUCAACACCUUCAACAUUAUAUUAUUUUAAGAUAACUUGACUCCUUUACCUUUAUUUCUUGUGAAGUGCUUAACUCACCUCAGUGAUGAACUGAGACUUGUACACAUGUCUAUUCCACGUUACCGGCUGACGGCCAAGAGAGAUAGAGAGAGAUAGAGGUGUUAGUUCUCUGGUCUGUCUGCAGAAAUGUACAGUCACUUAUCUUGGUGUGCAGAUUUGGAUGUACUGGUGGAGUCCAUAAGUUAAAUGUGUCUCUGCUGCUGCCUUGGCUGAUUACAUUACUGUUUUUUACAUACUCUCCUGUUGUUUAUCUUGUUUACAUACAUACAAUGGUAAUGUAGUAUGCAAACUCCCCGUUGAUACUUGUCGUUAGUACAAAGAAAGGUCAGUUAAUUGGUGUAAAUGGUUUUUUACUGACGACUGAUGUAUUGGUAGUCAGGAACGGAGGGAGAGGAGGAAAAGUUAAUGGGAGUUUUGAAAAUGGAAGAAAGUGUGUCAUUAAGAAGUUAGGAUAGUAUAUGAGAGAGAGAGAGAGAGAGAGAGAGAGAGAGAGAGAGAGAGAGAGAGAGAUAUCAAGUGUAAUAUUCAUGUCUUAUACAAUUUUACUGUUAUAUCACCAGCAUGGAAAGAAGGAGAGCUGGAUGAAUUUCUGUAGUGAUGUGGUGAAAAGUAACACAUCAUAUGACAAUUCAGACAAGAGUAAAAUGGAAAUGGUAUGCUGUUUGUUAAUGUCUGCAGCGUUUUCUCUCCUCAGGGUCACAUGGUGUGGGUGGGCGGGUGGACGGGUGGGCAGGGAGGUUUGUAAACUCAGCCUACAACUGAACCCCUGGAUUCUGGUUGUAUUAAGAAGUGUAAUUUGGUCCUCAUGUCUCUGUGUAAGCAUAAAAUAAAGAAGCCUAGUUUUAAGCUACCUCUUCAA